GUCUCUCGUCUUCCUCUCCCCUUCACGCCGUGACCCAGCGAUCGACCGGCCGGAAUGGAUGCGGCGGCGGCGGCGGCGGCGGCGGGAGGAGGAGGAGGGGGAGGCGGUAGCGUCGCGGCGCGGAGCAGCCCGGCGUCCGUGCAGGCCACCAACGACGACGCCGCGGCCAGCAAGCUGUCAUGUGUUAAUAAAGGAUACAUGAAGGAUGAUUAUGUGCACUUCUUUGUCAGACGAACAACAAAAAGGGCUCCAAUAAUAAAUCGAGGGUACUAUGCACGUUGGUCUGUUCUUAGGAAGCUUCUGCAUCAGUUCCUCGGUGCUGGAAAUGGCAGUAAUGAUCAAAACCGGAAACAAAUAUUAUCUCUUGGUGCUGGCUUUGACACGACAUUCUUCCAGUUGCAGGACGAAGGCAUUGCUCCAUACCUUUAUGUUGAGUUGGAUUUCAAGGAGGUAACCAGCAAAAAGGCUGCCAUCAUUAACCACUAUAGUCAAAUGAAGGAAAAGUUAGGACCAGAAGCUUCGAUAUCAAUUGAAAAAGGUGAAGUGAGAAGUGCGCAUUACAAGCUCUUUUCUGCUGAUAUUCGUGACAUACCAAAACUUGAUUCAGUUAUUCAGAUGGCUGAAAUGGACCCUACCUUGCCGACCUUUAUAAUUGCAGAGUGUGUGCUAAUUUACUUAGACCCAGCUUCAACCAGUUCUAUUGUUAUUUGGGCAUCUGAUAAGUUCUCCACUGCCAUAUUUUUCUUAUAUGAGCAGAUCCAUCCAGAUGAUGCAUUUGGAGAGCAAAUGAUUAUAAACCUUGAGAGUAGAGGAUGCCCUCUCCUUGGUAUAAAUGCUACACCAACCCUAAGUCACAAGGAAAAUCUUUUUCUUGAUCACGGAUGGCAGAGAGCUGUUGCAUGGGAUAUGCUAAAAAUAUACAAUGAUUUCAUUGACAGUGAAGAAAGACGCAGGAUUGAACGAUUGGAAUUGUUUGAUGAGUUCGAAGAGUGGCAUAUGAUGCAGGAACACUAUUGUGUGGCUUAUGGAAUAAAUGAUGCCAAGGGCCUGUUUGAUGAUUUUGGGUUUAAGGACUAGCACUCGUCGUGCUCUUUUUGAUAUCGAACUGAGACAAAUUCAACUGGGAAUUCCUACUGUUUCCUAUGCAGAGAAACGUACUUGAAGUGUGUGAAAUGUUUGGCAGAAUAUGAGAGAUGAUGGCUAUAACAACAUUGUACAUAUUCUGUUUGCAGAUACUUGGUUGUAUCGAUUGUCAUGUUGUUAUGUAUGUUGCUUUUCUGCCUUAGCUGAAUGGUUUUUCUGACGUUUCCAAACCCUUCGUAUGGGCUCGUCAUGCAAUUGUAUGGUCUGGAGAAGUAUUGUCUUACCGUUCAGGCGUUUUAUCUGUCUUUGGUUUUAUCUCUGCUUGUUCAAUAAUACAGCUUAUCCGAGUAUGUUUCUCGUUGAUGAACCAAA